GCAUCUCCCCACCUUCGCCUACCUAGAUAGACUCUCUGAAAUGUCGAUCGAACCAGAACACGCUCGCGUGACCUACAAUGAGGUGCACAACAUGAUUAAGACGUCGGCUGCGAAGAUUCAGGCCGAGUUCAAGCCGGACAUGUUCAUCGCUAUCGGUGGAGGUGGUUUCUUCCCUGCUCGUGUUAUGAGGACCUUCCUCAAGGACGUUUCCACAAAGCGAAAUAUCCCGAUUUACGCAAUCGGCCUGUCGCUUUAUGAGGAGCUGCCAGGUACUACGGCGGAAGCGAUCGGAGAGACGGUGGUCCGGACGCAAUGGCUCGGAGAGGAGUCGAAACAAAAGUUGCUCGGUCGUCGUGUUCUCAUCGUGGCAAGUUGCCAUUGGUCUCCUUGUCGAAAACGGAUCUCCCUAAGUCGAGGUAUCUAUAGGAUGAAGUGGACGACUCGCGCAAGACUCUGCAAUACGCCAUAGCCGAGCUGCGCAAAGACGUCGAGGCUGAACUUGCCACGCUUCCCGAAUCCGAGCGCGAGGCCGCGAGGACGAAGUUCGCCAUCUUCGUCGUGCACAACAAGCAGAAGGAGAAGCUCGGUCAGAUCCCGUCCGAUGUCCCCUACUUCGCUGGUGCUGAGGUGCCCGACGUUUGGCUGGACUAUCCGUGGGAAGCGACAGAUAUCGAGGAGCACGACCGGCUUGCGGCGCAGCAAAAGCAGAAAUAGGACGGCGCAGCUGAGACUGACCCGGUCGAUAUCUCGCCACGGCUUGUUAUAUAGAUGUGCUCGCUCGUUUCUUGCGGCGUGUUGCGCUGUCGUUUGUACGAAAGAUGAAAUUGAUAUUCGCGAUGUUGCGCUCGGAGCGCGUGUGAUGUCGGGUCUGUCGGGACACGAGCGAUCCUGAGCUCACGGCCGUCCAACGUUCCCGCGUCCACGUCCUCCCUCGCCCACCUCCCCGGCCUCAAAAUAGGGCUCGAGCCUCGCGGUUCGCAGCGCCCUCCACCUGCUCCCGCCUCCCCCUACCGCCGGCCGUCCGCGCGUCGCGGGCUGUUCACGACAAAGCCGAACGCCGAACAUACGAAUCGCGCCGGCGUGACGUGUAUAACGCCAGUCGGCAAGCACCGCAGAUUGCCUCAGACACCAAAAAUCAAAGGAUCCAGAGCACCCCUCGCCGCGUGCCCCCAUCUUUACAAACCCCCCUUCCUUCGUCUAAUCUGAUAACACCAUGGAGGUCGUAGAGGAGAUCGAGUACGAGGGCCUCUCCUCGAACGCACCGCUUGGCGUCAGCAUGCUGGCAGGAGCCUUGGCUGGCAUAACAGAACAUGCUGUGAUGUUUCCCGUGGACGUGAUUAAGACUCGGAUGCAAGUGCUCGCGGCUUCCCCUGCGGCGGUCUACACUGGGAUCGGGAACGCGUUCACGCGAAUAUCGGCCGCGGAGGGCGCCGCAGCGCUCUGGCGGGGCGUGUCGAGCGUCAUCGUCGGCGCCGGGCCCGCGCACGCGGUCCACUUUGGGACGUACGAGGCCGUGAAGGAGCUCGCGGGCGGGAACAGGAUCGGGAACCAGUGGAUAGCGACGUCGCUCGCCGGCGCAUCUGCGACCAUCGCGAGCGACGCGCUCAUGAACCCCUUCGACGUGAUAAAACAGCGCAUGCAAGUGCACGAGUCGCAGUUCCGGUCGAUGUGGACCUGCGCCCGGACGGUGUACGCGACGGAGGGGGUCGGCGCCUUCUACAUCUCCUACCCGACGACGCUCACCAUGACCGUGCCCUUCACCGCGGUGCAGUUCACCGUGUACGAGCAGAUCAAGCGCGCGAUGAACCCUUCUGGGGAGUACGCGCCGGGCACGCACGUCAUCGCAGGCGGCCUGGCGGGCGGCGUCGCGGCGGGCGUCACGACGCCGCUCGACGUCGCGAAGACGUUGCUGCAGACACGCGGGACGAGCCACGACUCCGAGAUUCGGCAGGCGCGGGGGAUGCUCGACGCGUUCCGGAUCAUAUGGCAGCGCGAUGGGCUCAGGGGGUUUUCGCGGGGCUUGUCACCGCGCGUGGUGACGUUCAUGCCGAGCAACGCGUUAUGUUGGUUAUCGUACGAGUUCUUCAAGGUCCUGAUUCGGGACGCAUAGCCCACCGCCGCCGCUCUUCUCAUAUAUAUACGCUACGAAGAUGUCGUCAUGUUAUACCAUCCUCUACAUUAAUGCAUAGCUUUCGUGUGCCGAC